GAAAAGAGAGGCAACGGCAGAGGGUUCACCCUCUCCCAUUCAGACCUCGGAUUUUAGGCGGUUGAGAGGUCACAGACCUUGAAUUUCAUCAAUGGAGUUCGUUUGUGGAUUUCGGCGUUAAAAAUCAAUUCAAUUUUGUCUUCUUCUUUCUGCAUUCAAGCGGCGGCUGUACUCGUUCGUACGGGUCAUGGCUAAACUCCUCAUCGGAGAUAGAAGAAGGGGGCCUAACAAAAUUUUUAACGACUCUACUAUGGACUGAUAUAUAUGCAUGCCUAUGUGUUUUCUUUAGGAUCAUUCAUUUCUAAAGGUGACUCCACAGUGGGAUAUUCCUUAAAAUCCCCCCCUAACCAACUGCUGGAGAAUCAAUGGCUUCCCUCUCUUCUCUCGCCUUCUCCGGCCCUCGCCCCCUCCGUCAUCAACCCAACCCUAUUCACGACGUUCGCCUCCCUUUCACUCUGCGUUCAUCCACCGAUCUCAAUUUUUCCGCCAAAGCCAACUCCGGUCAACAACCAACUCCACCCCCUUCAGAGACGGAGGAGAAAAAAUCUUUUGCCGUAGCUACAGGCGAACUUUUCAUCGGAAUAGCGUCGCGUAUACUGAAGCCUCGAGUCGGAGGCAGUGCUGGAAUAGAGGGACAUGGAAUGUCGAUGUUUAAGGAUGAUCAGGAGAAGGAGAGUUAUCUGUGGAAGAGGAGGAAGGAGGAAAUUGCGAAGGUGGUUGAGGAUCCCGUCCAUCCGGAGGUAUUGUGGGAGCAGACUGUCAAGGACGUUGAAGCUGAGCAGCAGUGGAAGCCGGUUACUAGUCCUGGAUUUAGCUUUUCCGCUGCUGGUCUCUUGUUUCCAUAUCAUCUUGGGGUAGCUCAGUGUCUAAUUGAGAAGGGAUACAUAAGGGAAACAACAGCCUUGGCUGGUUCAUCUGCUGGUGCUAUUGUUUGUGCAGUAAUAGCAUCUGGAGCGACAAUGCAAGAGGCACUGAAAGCAACAAAAUUAUUGGCUGAGGAUUGCCGGCUUAGGGGAACGGCCUUCCGCCUUGGGGCUGUUCUCCAAAAUAGUUUAGUGGGACUUUUGCCGGAUGACAUCCAUAUUAGGUGCAAUGGAAGAGUUCGCAGUACACUGUUUUUGGGGGUGCCUUUGUAGCCAAUCAGCAUUCUGCUGUCAAAUUCAUAGAUCGACCCACAACGACCACUGGUCCAUAGCCCGGUGCUGCAGGCCCACUAGUCUCAAGUCCACACAUACCACCACUACCAAGUGUUGAUAACAUUGCUCUAUUGUAGUUGCAAUAACAGAGAUUUUUUGGAGGCCAAGGAGUUUGUUGGUUGAUCAGUUUGAUUCUAAGGAGGAUCUCAUAAAUGCAGUAAUGACAUCUUCUUUUAUUCCUGGAUAUCUUGCACCAAGACCUGCCAUGAUGUUCCGUAACCGACUUUGCGUUGAUGGGGGUUUGACAGUUUUUAUGCCGCCAACUUCUGCUUCUGAAACGGUACGCGUUUGUGCUUUCCCAGCUAGCCGGCUAGGACUGCCUGGAGUCGGGAUUAGUCCGGACUGCAAUCCUGAAAAUAGGGCCACCUCACGGCAGCUCUUUAAUUGGUCAUUGGAGCCUGCAGAGGAUGAAGUCCUCGAUAACCUCUUCGAGCUCGGGUAUGCAGAUGCAGCUGUGUGGUCAGAAGAGAACCCGUUGGAGGGUUUAGUUCAGGAAGAAGGUUGCAGUUCUUUAUGAGAGAAGCUUCAACAACAAUAGUCUUAUAAGUUAUAAACCCAGUUUUAUGGUUGCACCAACCACUACUUGUGGGGUUUAUAGACAAAAGCACAUCAGGCGUGGAGAUAACAAGCCAAAAUCGCUGUAUAGUACACAAAUGACUAUGUGCCUGUCUGGUGAUGGUUGUAGUGGCUUGAAAAUGCUGAAAUCGCUGAAAUUGUGUUUGGUAUAUCUUGACUGAAGCGAGUAUAAUUACCUUUUAGGUAUUACUUUCUUCCUAUUUUAAAUAUGUGUGUUAGCUUUGCUAAUAUAAUUAUAUUA